UCGACAGCAGAUGUCAAAAUGUGUUAUAUUAUAUUUUUUGCAUAAUACUGAGUUUUAAUCACUAAUUAAUACAUAUAAACGUAUAUUAAUUUUAAUUAAAAAUACGUUACGUAAUACAAUAUGUCGCAGUAUCCUUUAAAUGAAUUAAAACGUCGCCUCCAAGACGACAGUACCUCACUACCUAAACGCCUCAAAUUAGCUAAAAAUGUGGUUCAAUCCUAUCACUUACCAACGGCACCCAAGGAACGUGUUGUAUCUGAAUGGCUAGACGAACUGGUUCAAGCUAACAAACUAGCAAGUAAAGAACUGCGUGAUAUACUAGGAUGGUUGAACAAUGUUGAUGACUUGACUGCUGAAUUAAAACUAAAACUAAUCAAGAUUAUUUCACAGUAUCUCCAUAGCAAUCCUUUGCAAAAUGAGGAUGUAUCGUACAUUAUAACAUUUUUAGAAAAUGAUAAAAUAUUACCUCAACUGAAAUUACAAAUAGAUGACUAUUUGUUUAUAACAACAACAUUACUUCAAAACUUAAACGGUGAAACUGAUGAGCAGGAUAUUCAGAAAAUAUUCAAUAAUAUCAUCAAAUAUUAUAAGGAUUCAAAGAAGAAAUUGGAAUUUAUAGUUAAACUCUUGCAUGGAGAAAAUUUGGAAACAAUAUUCAACUUUCUCGAUACAAAAAGUCAUGAUCCAGUGAUAAAUAUGUGCAAGGUCAUCCUCUUUCCUGAAAGCAAAAAGCAAUUCUUUUUAAGUUUUCUCUUGAAUUUAAUACGGAAAGAUAAUAUUGACGAGCUUAUUGCUGAAAGGGGAGAUAACAUACAAUCAGUUAUAAAGAUUAUGAGUGCAUUCUUUACAUUCCCCAAAGACAGAACAGAGAAGAAUAGUAAAUUCUUAUCUGAUUUUAUUAACAUGUUUGUCACAUGCUACGGUAAUGAGAGCCAAAUUAUCUUUGCAUUCUAUAUAAUGGUAGUUAGUUCAUUGAACAUGCCCCAAAAUUAUCUAAGCCCAGCCAUGGUAAUGCCACCGAUAAUAUUCGAAGAUAACUCUGAAAAGAUCAAGCGUAACUUAUUUUUAAACAUGCUUCAAGUAAUACACAGUAGUGAGGUUGAUAUAAGUGUACGACUUACUGAUACAUUAGGAGAUAAAGUCUCGAAAGUGGAAAUUAAAAAGACUUUUAUAUCUUUCUUGCAAAUUGUUAUGAUGGGACAGUUAAAGUUAGAAGGGAAGCUCGACAAAACAACUCUACAGAUAAUAAAAAUUGCCUUAAAGCUAGACCCUAGUUUGAUUGAACAGAAAAUUGACAAAAUAUUACCACAUAUCAUGACAGCGAAAAAAAAUAACCCAGAUAUAAUUGAAUCAUAUACACAAACAAUGAAUUGCUUACUAGAAACAUUAUUCAAACUCAGCAGAGGUAUGGAUUUUCUGAACCAAAUAAUACCACAUUUGAAAAUAAACUUAGAAGCAUCGAAUGUGGAACAAUUUGAGCUGAAACAAAAAUUACAGGAGGCUUUAAAUAACGGUGAGGAUAAUUCAAAUAAAAUCAUGGGAAAAAUUAUAACAGGAGAUGACAUGUUUCCGCAAGAGUGUGUCGAUGUGUACGGUAAAUUAACUUCAGAAUUGAUGUUCAGACAGAACAGAGAACUUUUAAUAUCUCUCCAGAAAGAUUUCGAAGAAAACUGCCUUAUGAUGCUUGAAGAAGGAUUUGUCAGUCCAUCAAUUAUAACACUUGCAGAAAUGAUAUCAGCCAUUUUAUCCAGUUUCUUGCGUUACAACAAAAUGGCCGAUCACACAGUACCACUUCAUAUAGCUGAUGAUUUCUGGAUGGCUUUUCAGACUUUUGAAGAACAGUGUCUGAACAAAUUUGGAGAAUGUAUCUUAAAAUUGAACUAUAAUUCAACUUUAGUAGUUACAUUCCUGAAUCUAUGUUUGAGUGUUUGUCAUUUAAAAUUACUAAAUAUAAAGUAUAGCAACACUAAACUAAACAUUGAAGGAAAUGACUUAUUGCCAUUUAUUUCUAAGAACGAAUGGAUCGUCUUCACCUCAAAGUUACAAGACGAUACUGAAAAGCUACUUUGGAGUCAACUUCUCUUGACAAAAUCCAUGGCAGUUGAACUUUUAUCACAUACCACCGACGAAAACACAUCAGAUAUUAAAACAAACUUAAUCAAACAAAUACCAAAUCAUCCAGAAAUAUUAUCAAAUAGUUAUAUUACAAAAAACAUUUUUACAAAUCUUGACAAGAAUCAAUUGAAACAAGCAUCUAAAACACUUAUUAAAUUGUACCAAAAUGAUCCCCAUACAGAAAUAUUUAAAAAUGAAGUCAUAAGUAUGAAUAAAGACUUAUUACAACAUCUCGUUCUGAAAGUAACUAAAAAUAUUACUGAAUGUAUAGAAAAUAUGAAUACUUUAUCUAAAGCUUUGAACAAAUCUAGUUUUGAAAUAACAUCAUUCCUUAAUGAUAAUGACUCUAAAAUGUUUUUCAACCCGCAAGUAAUAAAUCAAGAUGACGUAACAAUUUCUCUGGACAUUUUAAAACAUUUACAGAUAUAUUAUCUGGAAGAGAACUAUCAAUUGACUGCAAUUUUUGUUCUAUUGAUUUUAAAAAAUUGCUGCCAAAAUAAAAAAAUUAAAAAGAGCAUAGAUUAUAUAUUGCAGAGUAUUUAUGAAUUGAGUCCGAAAUACCCUGAUAUCUUUAAAAUAUUCCCUGUAGAUUUUAUAUUUGACUUUAAAGAUGCUAAAAUAUUAGAAUUAUUGAAAUUAAAAAUCAAAACUUCGAAUGAUAUGCUUAUCAUAAAAUGUGUUUUGGAAUCAGCUGUGAAGAAAGUCAAAACUGACUCAGAAAUAGUCGUGAAUAUUGUGGAAAUACUUUUGAAGAAUCUUAAAAAGAAUAAAGCGAAUGUAGAUUAUUUCGGUGAUAAUGUUUUUCAAAUAAGUUGUCUUAUAUUACCGUUGAUUGCUAAGGAAAAGAAAGCCAUAACGACCAGUGCUUUUAGAUCUAUUUUAGCAAAUCUACAAGAAAAAUUGAAUAAGAGUAUGUUGGAAUCGUUCAAAAAUAUUGAUUUCAACAAAAGUAAUAUAGAUGAAUCUGGCAACACUGAUGUUGAAGAGAAUACAAUAGCAAUACUUAACGCGAUGGGUGCUUAUUCUUUAACCUUGCUGAAGUGUUGCGAAACAACAAAUGCGGAAGAAUUAAAAAAUUUAAAUUGUCUCUGGUCUGGACUAACAUUUUUCGUUAAAAACGCCAUCAAAGCCAUUGCGAGUCCAACGUCAAAGUACCAACAAGUAGACUCAUCAAUACAGCUUUUGAACGUGACAUUGCGAUACAUAAAAAAACUUGAAGCACAUGAAAUAUUCCAAAAAAAAGACGAACUAUUCCUUCAGACAUGGAACAGUAUAAAAGCAAGAUUAUUAUUGAUAUACGAUCAAAAUAAUAAAACCAAUAACAAUUGUUUAGAAGAAAUGUCGGUUACAUUGAAAUUUAUAGCUGAAUUGUCCUCGGUUGAAUGUUUCAGUAGUCAUUUUGUUGGGGACUUAUCGAAUUUGACGUUACUAAAGAAACCAUCAAUAAUACUUAAGAAUACAGACAUAACAAACUCUCAACUAACAGCCAGAAAAGUUUCAAAAUAUUUAUGGAUAAAUUGUUUAAAAGCUAAUAUUAUUGGACCAAAAUGCAUUGCCGUAACAAAAUUAAUAUUCCGGGCAACGAAGAACAUAAGAUUUUGGAUACAACAAAAUUACGAUUUAAUACAGAAUGUUACACAACAAAAUGGCGUCUCACAAAAUGGCGACGAUGAUAUCAAUGAGGAGAUUACUAAUAUAUCCAAUGUGGUUAAAAUUGAAGAUUGUAUUUGUGAAUUAUUGAAGAAUGAUUUGGAUAUUCUGUCUGAAGUUAUUUUGGCGGCUAAAAAGAUAACCCUGGACUUUAAAUUCCUCGAUGCGAUUUUUGAACUUCAACAUUUGUUCCAUUACAUUUUGGGACGUAAAACAAUAGACACAAUGUGUGAAGUCAGUUGGCAAGGUUUCAAUAUAUUGUUUGAAGGUUGUGUUGCCAUAUUGAAUUAUUUGUUGCUGUCUAGGGAAGAACUUCUGGAAGAUAGAUGGCCCUGUUACAUGCAGAGUUACAAAGCGUUAGUGCUGUGUUUAUGUGAGCGAGCUACAAAGGAAGAUCUCACUGAUAAAUCUGUUGAACAUAAAUUAGCUGAAAUGGCGCAUUCUAUUGAAAAAUUAACCCAAUCAAUAUGCAAACGCAAGACACACGUCUCUCGCAUAUCCGCAUAUGCUGUGGCCGAUAUAUGCACGUGGCUCGAGAGCAGUCCCCCACCGAAGAUGGUCAGACAACAUCUAGAAAAUUCGAUAGCACUGUUAAUUCAAGUUUCUGAUUCGACAUACGCGAUGGCCUUCUUGAGAAGAGCUUUAGCUGGUUCCGUGGGACAGAUGACAUUGACUAAUAUGUACACCAUGUAUAAGAGGUAUCAUAAAUAUGUUGGCAAUGCUUGAAAUAAAAUAUUUUUGAAUA